AUGAGACUUUGUGAUGAAGAAGUAACCGAGAAAGAGUUACUUGAUAAGACCUUCUCUACAUUUCAUUCAACAAAUGUGUUGCUGCAGCAGCAGUAUAGAGAGAGAGGAUUCGCCACAUAUAUUGAUCUGAUCUCGUGCCUACUUCUGGCCAAGGCUAAUAAUGAACUCCUGAUGAAGAACAGUGAGAUGAGACCUCCAGGUUUAGCACCAUUACCAGAAGCUCACAAAGCUGAACAUGAAAAGAAAGAUCCCAAAGAAACCAACCACGUCUAUAAUGAGAGAAGAACACACGGCAGAGGCCGUGGUGGGUAUAAGGGACGUGGUGGCCGUGAGAAUUACACAUAUGGCCGUGACAAUUAUACUUAUGGCCAUGGAUAUGGAAACCACAAUAACCGUGGUCGUGGUUCCAACUAUGGCCGUGGAAGAGCCAAUUUUAGCCGCGGUCGAGGCGGUAUAUCCAGGCCGUUUUACUCGACCAAAUCCGUUUGUCACAGGUGUGGGGUGAGUAACCAUUGGGCCAAGAACUGUAGAACCCCUAAACAUGUAUGUGAACUCUAUCAAGAGAGUCUUAAGAACAAGAACCCAGAAGCUCAUAUGGUUCACGACAAUGGGUAUGAUGUUGAUGAUGAUUUCGACCAUGAAAAGGAUGAUCCAAUGGAUUAUGAGACAUCAGAUUGUCUUAAAGACUAA